AUGCAGGACUUGAAGUUGGAGAAUGUAAUGCUCGAUUCUGGUGGAGAUGGCAAGUCUUCGAAGCACGUAUCCCAGCUUGGGGAAGUCAAGCCUGCCAGCGCAAGCGGUGAAGGCUGUGGCUGUGGCUCCGUGAGUCACGUGCACGACGUGACGCAUGUGAUCGAUUUCGACACAUUGGAAUCAUGGUGCCCCUCCAAUGCUUCGGCCAAGGAUGUGGUUGGCACGGACCAGUAUAUUUCCCAGGAAGCCUAUGCCGGGAAGUAUUCGCCCCUGUCGGACAUCUUUGCCUGUGGGGUGAUUCUGUACAGACUACUGACAGGAAAGUUUCCGUUUCACGACGACAUGUUUGAUGAUGAGGCUGGCGAGAACUGGGUCGGCAGCCCCAAAAUGGCCCAAAUUCGGCGAAGGCUGAAAGUGGCCAAGGUAGACUUCUCAAAGGAAGUCUUCCAAGAAAACAGCGAUGCUGGCGAUCUUGUCAUGCGCAUGCUUGCGUACCAGGAAAACCAGAGACCGACCGCCUCCGCGGCAUUAGAGCAUCCUUGGUUCCAGGACUCGCGCGCGGCUCCGCAGGUGCCGCCCUACAUCCAGGAGCUAGUGGACGAUGGCAUCGUUGUCGGCGAGGCGUAG